CACUAUUCUUAUUUUCUAGUUAUCUCAGCUGAGUGAUCUGACAGCGCUAGACAGCUUCUCCCCAAUCGCUCUGAGCAGCCGGGGAGAGGCGAAGGGCAAAGGAACUGCAGUCAUGGAGCAGUUGUAGGGAUAACAGGCAAGCCUCUCCUGUCGGAAGAAAUCAAGAAACCACAGCUUCAUGACCGAUAACGCAAUACCCAAAGUGUCAACGAGAAACGCAAGACUACCGAUCAUGCAGUUCAAAUACAGAAGAAUCUAAUCAUCUAUUCAAACGAAAGGGUUCUCCGCGAUCCUUCAAGAUUGGACCCGCUCGAAGCCGUCUCAUCCCCUUCGUCGUUCGUCGUAGGAUUAGCUGGCCAAGGUUGAUCCAUCACCAACAUCCACAGUAUGUCGGUGGAGGAGCAGCGCUAUUCUGAAACGAUGCUCGUGCUAGAGGCCGAACCGGAGUGUCUGCGAGCCGAGGUAGAGCGCCUUUCCCGGGAGCUGAGUGAGACCACCCACGAGAAGAUCCAGGCGGCGGAGUACGGGCUGGCGGUGCUGGAGGAGAAGCAGCAGCUUAAACAGCAGUAUGACGACCUGGAGAUCGAAUACGAGACCGUGCGCCAGGAACUGGACAUGCUCAAAGAGGCGUUUGGACAAGCCUACUCCAACCAUAAGAAGGUGGCUGCAGACGGGGAGAGCAGGGAGGAGUCUCUGAUCCAGGAGGCGGUGUGUAAGGAGGCCUAUUACGAGCAGCGGGUCCUGGAGCUGCAGACGGAGCUCCGCCAGGCCCGUAAUGUCCUCACCAACACCCAGUCAGAGAACGAACGCCUGGCCUCCAUCGCCCAGGAGAUGAGAGAGAACAGCCAAGUGGUGGAGCUGCAACGGACCAGUCUGCGGGAUGAUAUCAAGGAGUACAAGUUCCGGGAGGCACGUCUGCUGCAGGACUACACGGAGCUGGAGGAGGAGAACAUCUCCCUGCAGAAACAGGUCUCCAUGCUCAAACAGACCCAGGUGGAGUUUGAGGGUCUGAAGCAUGAGAUUCGUCGCCUGGAGGAGGAUACCCAGUUCCUGAACAGCCAAUUGGAGGACGCCAUCCGCCUGAAGGAGAUUGCAGAGCGACAGCUAGGGGAAGCGCUGGAGACCAUCAAGACUGAGCGCGAGCACAAGGCCGCCCUGAGGAAAGAGCUCUCCCACUACAUGAGCAUAGGAGACUCUAUGUACCACAGCCCCCUCAGCAUCUCUCUGGGUGGGCUCAAGUUCAGCGACGACGCCGCCACGGAGCCCAACAACGACGACGCUCUCCGCGGUUACGAGAACGGCUUCAGCAAGCUGGCCAACGCCAUCGCUGAGGACAACCGUGCGUUCGCGCACAAGAAGGGCGACCUGUUCCGUCCCGUCCCCGGCCUGGUCGACGACCUGCUGAGCGAACUGAACAUCUCCGAGAUCCAGAAACUCAAACAGCAGCUGCUGCAGAUGGAGCGUGAGAAGGUGUCUCUGAUGUCCACGCUGCAGGACUCUCAGAAGCAGCUGGAGCAGGCCCACGGGGCCCUGGAGGAGCACCAGGAGAAGGUCAGCCGCCUCAGCGAGAACCUCAAUGCCAUCCGGAGGCUCCAGGCCAGCAAGGAGCGCCAGUCAGCCCUGGACAACGAGAAAGAACGCGACAGCAACGACGACGGAGACUACUACGAGGUGGACAUCAACGGACCCGAGAUCCUGGAGUGCAAGUACAAGGUUGCAGUGUCGGAGGCAGGUGAGCUAAAGGAGGAGCUGAAGACCCUGAAGGCAGAGUACCAGUCCUGUCAGUCACGCUACGAGGAGGAGCGAGGACGUCUGGCGUCUGAUGUCACGGCCCUGGGAGAGAAGCUGUCCUCCCUGGAGAAGACCAGCCGCGUGGAGAGAGAGGAGAAGGCCAUCCUGACGAAGGAGCUCCGCAAGGUGAGUGACGUGGCGGGCGAGUCCCAGGGCAGCCUGAACGUGGCGCAGGACGAGCUGGUCACCUUCAGCGAGGAGCUGGCCACCCUCUACAACCACGUGUGCAUGUGCAACAACGAAACUCCCAACCGCGUCAUGCUCGACUUCUACAAGCAGGGCAAGGGCGGGCGCACGAGUCCCGAAGGUCGCGGCCGCCGCUCCCCCAUCCUGCUCACCAAGGGCCUGUUCCCCGUCCCCGAUGCUGCCGACAGUGCCUUGUCCCCUGUCUCCUCUUCCCCCUCGCCCCGGGAGCCGAUGAACGUGUACAACCUGGUGGCCAUCAUCCGGGACCAGAUCAAGCACCUGCAGCUGGCGGUGGACCGCACCACAGAGCUGUCCCGUCAGAGGGUGGCGUCUCUGGAGCUCGGCGCCGUGGCCGACAAGGACAUGGAGGCCUGCAUGGAGGAGAUCCUCAAACUCAAGUCCCUGCUCAGCACCAAGAGGGAGCAGAUCGCUACACUGAGGACCGUGCUCAAAGCCAACAAGCAGACGGCUGAGGUGGCGCUGGCCAACCUGAAGAGUAAGUAUGAGAACGAGAAGGCCAUGGUGACGGAGACCAUGAUGAAGCUGAGGAACGAGCUGAAGGCCCUGAAGGAGGAUGCCGCUACCUUCUCUUCACUUCGAGCUAUGUUCGCCACACGCUGUGACGAGUAUGUGACUCAGCUGGAUGAGAUGCAGAGACAGCUGUCUGCGGCAGAGGAUGAGAAGAAGACCCUGAAUUCCCUCCUCCGUAUGGCCAUCCAGCAGAAGCUAGCCCUGACCCAGCGCUUGGAGGACCUGGAGUUUGACACCGAGCAGACCCGCCGCGGGGGCAAACCUAAAGGCAGGGCCGCCAACGGCAGAACCACCAACGGCCAGACCAACACCGCCAACAUCCCCUACGUGAGUCACGGGCUCACCUGCGCCGGCAUCGGUCGCGCCAGUGAGCCCAACAUCAUGCCCAACGGCAUCCUGGGAGGCCCAGUGGUCUUCUGCAGCGAGAAGUACAAGAUCUACUGCGACUGAAGUGGCUGCGUUGUCAGCACGGGACCGCUGUGUACAGGGGGGAGGAGCCCGAGGUCCUCCCCUGACUUAGUGUUAAAGAGCCCUACUACGCUCGCUUAGCUCCCUGCCUGCUCAGCCUGCAGCCUCAUAGAGCCUGGUGUAUGUCUAACCUAUAGUACAUACUUAUGCCUGUGGCCACGUAUGGCCACUCACGCCUGCUAGUGUAAACGCUUAGGGGAAUGCAGAUGUGUAUGUACUGUACCGUACAGUACAGUGUGCCCUAGAAGUUUGGGAUUGUAGUAGACAUAAUGUAUGGCAUGUGGAUAUGGCCUCAACUGGCCGCCGUUGGGCUUCUGUGGAUAUUCUGGGGUGUCUCUUCUUUCCGCCGUCAUGGUGCUGUACUUAUGAUGAUGUAAAAGGUGGCAGCUUUUGUGCUUAGUGUGUUCUGACCCCCCUGAGUGCGUUGCCUGGUAACCGUGUUGCCUGGUAACCAACCAUGCAUUUGGGGGGUGGGAACUUGUGAAGAGGGUGUCACUUUUAGGGUCAUGUGACAGAAGUUGACGUCCUCUCCUCGUUUUGCUUGCCUGUUGGCGUUGGUGCUCCUUCGAUAAAGCCCCCGCUCCUCUUCCACCUCUCUCUCCUGGCCCCCCAGGACUGAGCCAGCCCCAGCAACUCACUGACCAAUCAGGUUGCUCAUUAAUGUUUACAUAAACAAAUGAAACAAAACAAUAUGCAAACUCCCCCUGCUGUUGCUAGGGAGCCCAGUGUGAUUUGCUGGAUUUUUCUAACUGAAAUUCCAAAUUCUCAAAGCGGGUUGGCUGAUAAAUAAUGAUGUCGGAGUUUGGGCGGUAAAAGGAGCACCUAAGACCACAGGUGUUUAAUUUCAAGAUCCUUUAAGCUGUACACCGACGCGGUAGUCAGGCAGUCCAAUCGCAUGGCUUUGCAGCUGGAAAUGCUUCUGAGCUUCCUAACAGUUUUUCUCUGUAAACAGGUGUGUCACAGCACAUGCCCACCUGCUACAGGGCUCUACAUUUGAACCAGAGCAGUUAUUUAACGUCUGCAGAAACAAACUGAGGGCUAUUCCAUGUGACCCAGUAUAUGUCAUAUUGGUGGAUUCUCGCCGAGCCAUAUUACUAUUAAGAACGCAAGAAAAUGAUCAAAUAACUGUGAACAGAUACAAUAUAGUUUUGAUUGAUGGUGAUUUUUUGUAAUGACAGAAAAAGAUCCUAAAAGAGCACAAAAAACCAAUGGCACCCAGAUCCGGAUCAUAAUUCUACAAACAAAACCGACUAAUAUCCCUCGGCAAAGUGCCUGUCGAGCCAAACACUUGAAAUCAACUACAUCUAUCUAUCUAUCGAUGUAAAGCCCUGUCUUUGUGUCUGUCGGCCUAAUGCUGAACUCUCUUCCUCUCUCUCUCUCCGUCGCUUCUCUCUUUCUCGUUUGGGAGGCCCUUUCGAGCUCGCAAACGAACCGUGUGCGGUAAAACCCCGUCCUCCUCGUGUCUCAAACCUGUGGUUCGUCGCGUUGUUGUCAUGACAACCCCUCUCUCUCUUUUAGAUCGUCAGCAGCUUGCUCGCCCUGCAACACCACUCUCCCUUUAAGUAGAGAGGGGGAUUGUGGGGGGAAAACCCCUGAAUAUUGUCAGAUAACGUCCUUGCGCACGUGUGUCCCGGAACCCUGCCUGUGUGUGUGUGUGAUCUCAGCUCCGACACUGAGGUGAAAGACCCUUGUGUGUAUGUUGUUUCCUCCAAAUAUUGCAAAUAGAUUCAUUUCUGAGAUGCUGUGUGGAUGUGAGAGGACAGCAAAUGUACUGUCUUUAUUAUCCCCAAAAAAGCUUUAACCCGUGCAAUCUAGUGCCAGGCAGAUUAAAAAAACGGAUGCGGGGGCCCGUGUUAGAUAAAUCCAUGUAAUGCAUACACGUCGUUAGCUUUAUGAUGCUGAAAGCAGGGUUGAUGCGAAGAGAUUCUUGAAGAUUCACUCAAUUAUGCUUUUUCUACCAGUAACCUAUAUAAAACUAUAUAUUCUUAAUGAGACGAUCGUAAUCAGGUUCUAAUCUUCUGGGAUACUCCUAGGCCACCUCUCUCGGAUAUAGAGAGGGAGAGCUUUGGUUCCUCCGAACGAGGGACGUCCUCAACCCUGCUUGAGUUGAGUAUGUGCUGCGCUGCCCUACGAGGCCUUUAGUCACACCACACAGUAUGGAGACGAGGCUAUCGCUCACGUCAGAGGAAAAACCUCCACGGGAGGGGAAAUCACUAUUCUGUUCUUGUUCCACUUAUAGCGUGAUAGAAUCACACUUUGUUUGUAUCAGUUUGCUCUGGGAGUAGAGAGUGGGAGAGGAGAGAGAAGUAAUACUGGUGUUUAAAAGCGCCCGCGGCUGGAGAGCUGCGAAAGACGAGCUCUCUCAGCCGAUUCCGAACAUGAUUUUGAUACUGUGUUUGGGGAAAUGAGUCCCGGGGUUUUCUGAGGGAGAUGCUCUAAAAUUACAAAUGUAUUUACAUUAGGUUUUUGUUGGACUACUUUGUCUCUAAAUGUGGUAUUUUACCAGUGGACAUUGAUUCAAAUUUAGUUGACCCUCUAUUCCUGUUCCCUUGUGUAGGCUCUAUAGACUCACUGAAUAAUCUAUAUAUUUAAUAAUCCAGGAUGUGAUUGUGGCUAAGAGAGACCCUCCCUUGGUCUCUUGGUUUAGUUUGAAAUCAAUGUCUGUUUAUCUGGUGUCGUCAAUAGAAUGCCACCAGAAUAAGCUCCUCCUACCUCUGCCUUUAGGCUCCGCCCACUUCACCUUUGAGUUCUCUCGCGCGCUCUUCGUCUGAUUCCUGAUUGGUGGAACGCCUGCAUGCUAACAAACCCACCCCAUUCUCAUUAACCUGCAUGCCAUUAAGGAAAGCCCCUCCUUUAACUGACUUGGUUCUGGGGUGUGGAUUCAACUCUUGGGGCCUCAUCAUGUGUUUUGGAGGUGUCAAAGGUCAUGGUACUUGUGAGGUCAUUUAGCUUCUUGCACUCACUGGUCUUCCUCGUGCAGUGGUGCUUUUAUUUCAGCUCCUCUGAGACAUGUUGACACAAUGUUGAUAUGACAGUCGGCUUCAGGACAACUUAUCCCAGUUUGCACCAACCGGUAGUUAGUAGCUACUGUAACUAACUGGGCCUUCGGUGUACAUCGUUUUACUCUUCCUUAUUUAGUGUUUUUGCUUGGAAUGGAAUUAUUUCUGAGGAAGUUAACAUCUCUCUAAAAUGUACCAGUAAUGCACAUUUGAUGUUUUCUUUGUUUCUCCGUUUUGCAGUAAUUUAAUUCUGCCCGGAGGAGGAUCCUCCGACACAGGAUCCUCUCACAAUGCCGACGUCACAUUCAUUGUGCAGAAAACAGAUAGCCCUAUAGGCCAAGAUUAUGAAACCCACUUCAAGACUAAAAAAGAUCAAAUGAAAUCUCUGAUAUGAAAAUCCAAUAUUCCUCCCGGUUGCCCUUUCACUCGCUAUAUAGCAUGACCUCGAUGUCCUAUGCAUGGGAAUGAACAGGCAUUUCACAUUUCCCAGCGCCGCUGCCCGAUGCUCACAAGUACUGUGAACUCUGCCCUCCUCAUGAAAUGAUGAUCAGAGUUUGUGAUUGGCGGAGUUAUCCCUCCAAUGAGAAGCCAGGGGAACCAUGGUCUUUUCUCAGUGUAAAUCAACCAAUUUUUUUGUCUGGUUUGAUCUUUUUUGUUUAAGUUUAUUUGUUUUCUUUAACCUGUGCACUUUUAUUAUCGGAUUAUCUAACUUUAUAUUAUUAACCUAGGAAAGGUUUGUAGUGCUAUGGGUUUGUGACUUAUUUAGUCAAGUAUACACAUAUAUUCAUAGGAAUAUAUUUCCUCCUGUAUAUUGUCUCUUUGUACCAUCUACAGAGACCAUUUACUCUCCUCAAAGUCUCACCGCAAACCAGAGUCCAUCUGUUGUUGUUGUGCGUCUGAGAAUUGAUCCAUCCUUCUAUUGUUACGUCUCAUCAUAUUACUUUAUUAUGCUGUUGGUUUGAUUUUAUGUAUGUUCUACUGCCAUGUUCUAAACAAAAUCCAGGGUGAGCUAAUUCUGGGGUUUUCAUGUAUUUAUUAUUCCUAGGAAUAGUUCAAAGAUAACGCGCAGAAACUUGACGACGCUCUGACGCAAAAAAUGGUAAGAAGUUCUUGUGGGGGGAAAAAAUGGAGUGACAAAAUGAUUUUGUUUUUUUCCCCAUCUUCUUACCAGGGGUGUCACACUGAUAAGGGAUCACUGGCUCACAUAAUUCUCUGCAAGUGCAACGAUUAAAUUCCAAAUUGGAAUUGUUUAAUUCUCUCUUUGUUUAUCGUGCCAGAUCUUGGUACACCGUUUAGGUUUGAAAAAGAAUCAAGAAUCAGAGAGACAAGCCGUACGUCAGUGAGAAAGGUGAGGUUUGGGGCUGUGGCGUUCUGCUGGAGCGCUACCCGGGUUUUUGCUUUGGGUUUGUUUUGUUCUUCAUUCUGACCAGUAGUGCCUUUCAUUGUUUCCAGGGAGAAUUGUAGACUAGUACUUUGUGUUCAUUUUUUUUAGGGGAGGACUUUGGGUUGAAUGACUUUGUGAGCAGCAAUAAAUGUAAAGAGGAGUCGCUCUUUUUGCAGGAGUGAGAUGAUCGUUUUGAAAUUAGCUCAAUUCAACUGAUAUUGUAUUGAAUUCUGCAGGUCAGUGAUCCCAACAGCAAAUUCAGGGGUAUUGAGAAAAGGUAGUUUUUUUUAAAUCAAACUUUGGGAACCAAAAGAAAUCCCUUUGGCCUCAUUUUGAACAAAAUGUUCCAAACACCACUAUGUGUUUGGGCAGAUCAGUGUUCUAUUGGAAACAUCAACACGAUCUCUAGCUUUGUAUGGUGAAGGUAAUGUAAUAUCUAUAGUAUUGUUGGCAAAUGUGCAGAGAGCGCAUUUUCUCUUUUUAUUUUUUAUUUUUUAUUGUUGAAUCUUUUUUUACAUCAUAUAUUAUAUUAAAGUGUUGUGAUUUCAGGAAAUAGAAAACAGAUUUUGCAUCAACAAGCUUGAAUAGUGCCAUCAUAGCCAAUGCUUGUUUGUUGAGGCGUAAAAAAGUUAUCAAUACGGUUGAGAAGCUAAAAAUACGGAGAAAAUAAAGUGCAAUUUAAAUGCUGUUUUACAAGGAAAAAUAAAAGUUUUCUGUUUGCUGGAAGCGAUAGCAUUGUGAUAAUACACUAGCCGUGCAAACUUUAUAUUGUCAUAUUGUGUUUCAGUAUUGAUCCAUAUUGAGUUUGAUACCUUUAUAUGAAAUAACGACUUAAUCUGUAUGUUGGUAUUUAUUUGCAUUGUCAUGCAGUACUGUAUUCUUAUCAAUAAUGUGCAUUAUAAUUAGUGGCAUAUUGAUUACAACUUAUUGUCAUAUGCAUGUUUUUCAGUCAUGGGAACCUUUACACAGAAUCGAAAACAAACCUAUAACUUUGGAGAUGCUGAAAAAGUGAAAAAAUAAAAUGAUGAAAAAAUGAGUUUAGUCUAAUGUAUUACUGCUGAGCUAAUCCUAUGAAAGUGUUAUUUUGUUUUCCUAUAGAGAGGUCUUAUGUCUGUGUAAAGGUAGUCAUGCUGGUUAAAAUCAAUAAAUGUGACUAAAAAAGACAAA